AAUAAACAUUUGAUGGUUUCACUUCUUUUUUUAUUUUUUUUUGUAGACGUCACAGGAACAGGAGCUGGAGGAGUUAAUGAGCCGCCGCCAGCUUCAGUCAUGGCCGCCACCGGCCUCACGUCAUGUUACGUGCGCAGACUUCUCCGCGGCGGCCGCUGUUGUUUUGGCCUCAGUUAAGAUGGCGUCGUUACUAUGUGUCUCCCUGAUGACGUCAUACGCAGCCGGCCGGUGUCAGGCGCGGGGCGGGGCGGAGCGGAGACUGGAAAGUUUUACUCAGAGUCGGAGGAGAGUUUUGGCGGCGGCGGAGCCGGAGGAUCCAUGAAGAGGAGGAGGUUAGCAGAGGGGGUGCGGAGCUCGGACCGCCAAAAGACUCGCUCAGCGGUGGAGAAAUCCUCUGAGGAUGAAGCUGAAAUCUGCAGCUCGGAAAAGAGGAGAAACACGGCGUCAACCCGCAAAAUGUCCAAUAGAAAGAUCAGUGACCAGAAUAGCGGACUACCAGGUGAUGGCGCCAAGAAAGGUGCAAGAAGGAGGUGCCCGAAGGUGACGGUCCGCUCCCGCGUCACUGCUCGCCCGGUGUCUAGACCCAGCGACUACGCUUCAUAUCAAGGGUUAACAGACGACAGCAAUGACAGUACGGCGCUGUAUCCAGACGGCCGCGGGGUCUGCGCAGACAACAGCCCCUUCUUGGAUGAGGACAGUAACCAACCAAUGCCACUCGGGAGAUUCUUCGAAAAUGCGGAUCUGAUGCAGGACUUUCCACCGGUUGCGACGUCCUGCGCGUCUAUGAGCAGACGAGAGCUGAGGAACCUCCACUUCAGAGCGAAGGAGGAGGAUGAAGAGGAGGAUGAAGCUUAAAUAAUGAAGACACCGUAUAAAUGCCUUGAGUUUCGCAGCCCGGACACUGGAUCGGAGCCGCUACCUACUGCCUGUGACCUACACUCAGACUGUUGAAGCCAAAGUGCUGUUAUCUGUAUAUAGAGAAGAUCCCCGACCCUCGGGGUGUGAGCAGAGGAGACUUUUGGGUUGUUGUUACCGCUGGAGUUAAGUGUCUUCAGGGACUGAUAAUCCUGGUAUCUACAGUCUCCGCUGCUGGAAGGACCGAUCCUAACAUCAGAUCUGCAUACAUGACUGCUUGGAGGACCGAUCCUAACAUCAGACCCGCAUACAUGACUGCUGGGAGGACCGCUCCUAACAUCAGACCCGCACACAUCACUGCUGGGAAGACCGAUCCUAACAUCAGAUCUGCAUACGUGACUGCUGGGAGGACCGAUCCUAACAUCAGACCCGCAUACAUCACUACUGGGAGGACCGAUCCUAACAUCAGACCCGCAUACAUCACUGCUGGGAGGACCGAUCCUAACAUCAGAUCUGCAUACAUCACUGCUGGGAGGACCGAUCCUAACAUCAGACCCGCACACAUCACUGCUGGGAGGACAGAUCCUAACAUCAGACCCGCACAGAUCACUGCUGGGAGGACCGAUCCUAACAUCAGACCCGCACACACCGAUGUGCCAUUUAUAUCCCGUCUCUUAUGUAACAUUGAAGAGAGAUGAAAUUAGGAAACAAGAAUGUGAAAUGUAGACCAAACAGCUGGAACCUCUCAGGAUCGGGGCUUCAGGUCCCCAAGGAUUGUGGGGGAUCAGGUAGAACUUGUAAUGUUUGCCGUGGUCAUAUGUAGCAGAGCCGAGUGGGUCCUCUGUGGUUUACCAUUUGUUUUCCGCUCUGCCUCCAGUUUCUCUUUUGCUUAGUAAAGUUCUUACACUUUGAUGCUUUGAAGCAGAAGAACUGCAGAUGUAGCAGAGCUGAGUGCGUUGUGGUUUGUAACAGACUGCAGGUUAACCUUCUGCAUUAUCUCAGGGAGUUAACACCAGACAUAGAUGAAGUAGUCACAUGACACACUCGGCUCUGCGGUGUCCUGUAUGUUUGUAUCUAUACUGUGGAUUUAAUGCAUUAUGUAUUGUUGUGUUUGCAUUUUAUAAUAAGUUUGACAGCAAAAAAGCUUUAAUAUUUGGGCGCAGACCCGGAGGGGAGAUGAAGUGCCUGAAUCCUGCCCCCCGACUAAUGUCCACCUCAUCCUGCUACCUCUACUCCAGUGGUCUCCAGUCUGAGAAACUACAACUCCCAGCAUGCCAUGAUAGCCACAAGCCAUUCUGCCUUCAGAGUUGCAAGCCACAGAUGCCUGAAGUAGUGCGGGUACACGGUGCUGUAGUAAUAGUACCGUCACAUGGUGCUGUAGUAAUAGUACUGUUACACAGGGCUGGAGUAAUAGUACCGUCACAUAGUGCUGUAGUAAUAGUACCGUCACAUGGUGCUGUAGUAAUAUUACCGUUACACAGGGCUGGAGUAAUAGUGCCGUCACAUAGUGCUGUAGUAAUAGUACCGUCACACGGUGCUGUAGUAAUAGUACCGUUACAUGGUGCUGUAGUAAUAGUACCAUUACACGGUGCUCUAGUAAUAGUACCGUUACACAGUGCUCUAGUAAUAGUACUGUCACAUGGUGCUGUAGUAAUAGUACUGUUACACGGUGCUGUAGUAAUAGUA